AUGAGCAUCCUAAAGGGUGCACUGGAAAGGCUUCUAGCCGAGGCACAAUCAUCGAAACAAAAAGAACUCGAACAAGUUUGUUCUACUGCAUUGGAACAACUCCAACAAGAAAUAAAUUAUCUCCUUAAGAGAGCAGCCAUAAAAAGAGGCAAGCAAAAAGCGAACCCAGAAGACAGUGUCAACGAGACUCCUAAGAUUGAGACGUCUGGUACUGACACUAAGGAUGCUAAAACAGGAGAAACAAGCGAAAUUGUAACAGAAAAAGCCGAAAAGAAUGGAAAGGCUGGCAAAUCAACACCUAAAACUUCAGCAAAAACCUCACCGAAAAAAAAUUUUGAAACAAGUGUGAACGGUCGUGCUUCUACAUCUAGCAGUUUGUUCGCGCGUGCCGGAGAAGAAUUACCUAAAGUCUUGGCUGAUAACUACUGGCAGCCUUUUAGGCUUGCUUGUGGUAAUACAAUGCCUGUCAACAUUCGAGUGAUUGCUCUCGAUUGUUUGCAAAAAGUCAUCGCUCACGGAUUGCUUAUAGGCGACAACCCCAUAUCACCUCCAAAAAUUGAUCAAGCAAAGAAACGUGAAUCAAAAGCAAAACACAUUAACAACGGAUUUAGCGAAACAAACGACUUUUCUCUUCUUGACACCUCAACUUCUUUUGACACCACUGAGUCAUCUGAUGCUACUUCGCCAAUAAAUAAUUCUCCGAAAUUUCCUAAUCCCUUUUUGUUGAUAGAUGAUGUCGUGCAUUCGAUAUGCACCGGAUUUGUUGGGCCUCAAACGGAUCAAACUGUUCAACUUCAAAUUUUGAAAGUAUUGCUCACGCUCAUUACCACAGAACAAUGCCCGGUUCACGGAAUCAGUCUACUUAAGAUAAUUCAAACUUGUUGUAAUAUUUAUUGUUUUUCAAAAAGUCAGGUGAAUCAGGCAACAGCAAAAGCUGAGUUGACGCAGAUUUCAAAUUUCAUUGUAGCACGAUUCGAAGAAACUUCUGCGAAAUUAUCAAAAUCUGAUUCUUCAAAGCAACAGGAAAUCACCUACAAAAAGUCAGCACCUGAGAAUAAUUCUACAAAUGAGAAAUCUGUUCAAAUGGAACCACAAGAAAAUGGUAGUAGCACCAGGGAGGAUG